GCACAAUUUAUCACUCUUUAGUUUUAUUUUGUUUUUCUAGGGUUUAUACGCGGCCUCCCAACCAGCUCCUACCAUCCCGCUCACGCUCAUACUCGUUUAUCCGUAUUGAUUUGCUACAGAUCUCGCUGCGAAUUCGGGAUAUUUCUAUCUCUUUCCAGGAUGGAGUUGUGACACUUCGUCACACUGUAUAAUUUUGAAGUUUUGGUUCAUAAAUUUGUGCUUGUGCAUAUUUGAUGAUCCAUUAUGGAGAUACAAACUUCAGGCAAACCAAUUGAUUCACUGUUAGAAAAGGUUCUUUGCAUGAACAUUCUUUCAUCAGAUUACUUCAAAGAGCUUUACAGAUUGAAGACAUACCAUGAAGUGAUUGAUGAGAUUUACCUUCAAGUUGAUCAUGUGGAACCAUGGAUGUCUGGAAACUGCCGGGGUCCGUCAACGGCAUUUUGUCUUCUGUACAAGUUCUUUACAAUGAAGCUCACUGUCAAGCAAAUGCAUGGGCUAUUGAAGCACCCAGAUUCUCCUUAUAUCAGAGCUGUUGGUUUUUUGUACUUGAGAUAUGCUGCUGAUCCGAAGACUUUGUGGAACUGGUUCGAACCAUAUGUGAAAGAUGAAGAGGAACUAUCUCCUGAUUCUGCUCAUCGUGUGAAUACCACCAUGGGUGUUUAUGUUCGCGAUUUACUUCUUGGACAGUAUUACUUUGAUACUCUUUUUCCCCGCAUCCCUGUUCCUGUGUUGCGGCAGAUUAUAACGAACCUUGAGAAGAUGAAGCUUCCUGGGAAACAUUCUGGUGUUACUGGUGAUUCUACCCGUCACGGAUCUGAUGAUACUGCUCGUCGGCCACCUUCUGUGAAAGCUGCCCUUUCGGUCUCCUUUGGACAGCGUGCUCCCCAUCGUGCAUCAACCAGGGAUUCAUCUCCUGUUCGCCGGACCAUACCACCACCGCCCUAUGAUAGAAACAGUAGUGAUGAUUUACGAAGAUCUCCCGGCAGCCGUCGCAGCCAGAGUCGUGAUUUGUCUGAUCGAGAAUAUUCAGACAGGGAGAGGGGGAGGGAUCGUGAUCGUGAUCAGGAUAGAGGAAGAGACAGAGAUCGGGAAAGGGACAGAGAUCGAGACAGGGACAGGGACAGAGACCGGGACAGGGACAGGGAUAGGGAUAGGGAUAGGGAUAGAGACCGGGACAGGGACAGGGACAGGGACAGGGACAGAGAGAGAGACAGGGACAGAGGAAGGGAGAGGGAGCGAGAUAGGGAAAGAGACUGGAGGCAUGAUUAUGAUAGAAGGUCCAAGUAUGCUGAGAGAGACAGUAGCAGAAGGGAUUACGGGAGGAGUAGGAGUCGAAGCCGUAGUAGGAGCAGAAGCAGAAGUAAGAGCUUGCAACCUUAUAGUGCACGUAAUGAUCGCCUGAGCCCUCGCAAGGAAGAGAGCAAGGAGAAGACAUCUGCAUCUAGCAAUCUGGCCAAACUUAGAGAUAUGUAUGGUGAUCUGAGCGAUCAAAAAGGGGGUGGUAGUGGCUCCGAAAGGCUCCCAACUAGGGAUAAUGGUGGUGAAGAGGUGAUUAGACUCGGUGGUUCUACAUGGAAGUAGGAAAAAAAUAAAAAAAGAUGAGGUCUCUCAUGCUUGGAUAACGUUUCUGAACCGAGUUAUAGAGCACCGCAGCCAGCCUGCCCAACUUGUUGCCUCUUCGUCAGUUUCAUUUUUUUAACGUUAUGGGUUCGUCAAGGGGGAUGUGAUGAAUGGAUGGACUCCCCAUUGCAUGUAAUGUAUUGGCAAGGCAAGGCUGCAUUCGUGUAUACUGUAGUUUGUUACUAAGGUACUUUUCUUGUUUGAUAUAAUUCCAUUUAGGGGGCGUGUUAUUGUUCCAAUUGUUUCAGUUGAGAGGACGUAUCUAUAAACUGAUUUAAUGUCGACUAAUAUUUUGCUGAUAACAGUGAUAUAGCCAUUCAACUCUCAA